GUCUUUGGUCUGUUUCUUACACUCUUAGCGGUGGUUUUAUCAUCUGUGUUGGUCGAUGAUCAUAAGAGUGACAAGCAGGUUAAAUUGGUGUUAUUUUAAGUAUAUUGUGGUUGGAAUAUCAUUUUGUGAUUAUUGAUACACAUUGUUCUCAAUAUGUCAGGAAGUAAGAAAGAUAAAACAAUUAUUCCAAAUGCCACAAAGAAGAAUGAAGAAGAAAAUGCGGAACUGUCUGAAGAAGAUAAACAACUUCAAGAAGAGCUAAACAUGUUGGUUGAAAGGCUGCAGGAAAAUGAUGAGAAACUCUACUUGCCAGCACUUGAGAGCCUAAGGAGCCAAAUCCGCGCCUCUACAACUUCAAUGACUAGCGUGCCCAAGCCAUUAAAGUUUAUGAGAUCUCAUUAUGAUACGAUGAAGCAGAUAUAUUCGAAGAUACAAGAUCCAAAAACGAAUGAGUUUUGUGCUGAUGUUAUAUCUGUGCUGGCCAUGACCAUGAGCGACAGUCGUGACUGUCUUAAGUAUAGACUGCGAGGGUCACAAUGUGAAAUUGGAAACUGGGGUCAUGAAUAUGUUAGACACCUAGCAGGAGAGAUUGCAGGUGAAUGGGCAGACAUGAGUGGGGAUGACGAAGAAUUACGAGUAAAGUUAGUGGGGCUGGCUCGUCAGAUUGUUCCAUACCAUAUGGCACAUAACGCUGAAGCAGAGGCUUGUGACCUGCUUAUGGAGAUAGAACGUUUGGAUUUGUUGGAGCAGUAUGUAGAUGAGAGUGCAUAUCCAAGACUGUGCUUGUACCUUACAAGCUGUGUACCGUACGUGCCAGAUCCUGAGAAUACGACGUUACUCCAAGCUUCACUUCGCCUUUUCAAACGUUUUAAUCAGUAUCCUCAGGCGUUAAGAGUUGCAAUGCAACUGAAUGAUAUACAUUUAAUUGAAGAGAUAUUCACGUCAUGUAAUGACUUGUCAGUGCAGAAGCAGUUGGCUUUUAUGUUGGGCAGACAACAGAUCUUUCUUGAGUUGAAUGAGAAUAUGGUUGAAUAUGAUGAUCUUGUUGAAAUUAUGUCAAAUGCCCAUUUAAACAACCAUUUCUUGAAUCUUGCUCGUGAGCUGGAUAUUAUGGAACCGAAAACCCCGGAAGACGUAUACAAAUCACAUCUGGAGAAUUCACGACCUGCGUUUGGAGGUGGUCAGGUUGAUUCUGCUCGCCAAAACCUUGCGGCCAGCUUCGUGAAUGGCUUUGUGAACGCUGCAUUUGGUCAUGACAAAUUGUUGAUGGAAGACGGAAAUAAAUGGCUUUAUAAAAAUAAGGAACAUGGAAUGCUGAGUGCUACAGCAUCUUUGGGCCUGGUCUUGCUAUGGGAUGUUGAUGGAGGUUUGACUCCCAUUGAUAAAUACCUUUAUUCAGCUGAAGAUUAUAUUAAGUCGGGGGCUCUUCUGGCUUGUGGUAUCGUAAACUGUGGAGUGAGAAACGAGUGUGACCCUGCUCUUGCGUUGCUGUCGGACUAUGUUUUGCAUAGUAGCAAUGUGAUGCGCAUCGGUGCCAUUGUGGGUCUUGGUUUGGCUUAUGCUGGGUCAAAUCGAGAGGCUGUUUUGAGUCUUCUGACCCCAGUAUUCAGUGAUCCGAAGUCCAGUAUGGAAGUAGUUGGCAUGGCCGGCUUGGCAUGUGGCAUGAUUGCUGUCGGAUCAUGUAAUCCUGAUGUCACUGCCACCAUCGUACAGACCCUGAUGGAGAAAUCUGAGUCCGAUCUUCAUGAUACAUAUGCUAGGUUCUUGCCUUUGGGUUUGGGGCUAUGCCAUCUGGGGAGACAAGAAGCUGUAGAGGCUAUUAUUGCGGCCCUUGAAGUCAUACCGGAACCAUUCAGGUCCAUGUCAGUGACGCUAGUUGAGGUGUGUGCGUAUGCAGGAACUGGAAACGUUCUGAAGAUUCAGAACUUGCUGCACAUUUGCAGUGAGCAUUACGAACCAGCUGAGAAGGAAGACAAGAAGGACGAUAAGAAAGAGAAGAAAGAGGAAAAGAAGGAAGACAAAGACCUUUCAUCACGACAAGCCAUUGCAGUACUGGGCAUCGCUCUUAUUGCAAUGGGUGAAGAAAUAGGUUCUGAAAUGGCGUUUAGAACUUUUGGUCAUUUGUUACGGUACUGUGAACCAGUUAUAAGGAGAUCUGUACCUCUUGCACUGGGCCUAAUUUCUGUGUCCAACCCAAAACUGAGUAUUUUGGACACACUGAGCAAGUUCUCGCAUGACAGCGACUCUGAAGUUGCUCAUAACGCCAUCUUUGCGAUGGGUCUUGUAGGAGCAGGAACCAACAAUGCGAGGCUGGCUGCUAUGCUUCGUCAGCUGGCACAGUUUCACGCAAAGGAUCCUAAUAAUCUUUUUAUGGUGAGAAUAGCGCAGGGACUUACCCAUCUUGGCAAGGGUACCCUCACGCUGUGUCCGUAUCACAGUGAUCGUCAGCUUCUGAGCCCAGUCGCUCUGGCAGGUCUGCUGUCGACUCUUGUCGGAUUCCUGGAUGUGAAGAACAUAAUCUUGGGGCGGUCACAUUACUUACUCUUCACGCUUGCUGCCGCCAUGCAACCUCGAAUGUUGGUGACGUUUGACGAGGAGUUGAAUCCUCUGGCCGUUCCUGUGAGAGUGGGUUUGGCUGUCGAUGUUGUCGGACAAGCUGGAAAACCGAAGACAAUCACAGGUUUUCAGACCCACACAACUCCAGUUCUGCUCGCAUUUGGUGAAAGGGCAGAGUUAGCAACUGAAGAGUAUGUGCCUCUCACCCCCAUCAUGGAAGGGUUUGUUAUUCUGAGGAAGAACCCAGAUUUCAACCCUUAGAAACAUAAUAUUCUGCUUGUUGAUUCAACUCUGAUGAGGAGAGAGAAAGCCAUAAAACAAUUUUAAAAAACAAAAUCUGGGAGAACAGUUCAUUUGUUGUGUAUUUAUUACACUUCUCGCUUAAUUAACCCUUUGUGCUCAUUCCAUUUAAACACUAGUGUGUGGCACUGAAAUAUACGCACGUUUCUUUACAGAAAUUCCAGGAUCUUGGUAAUUUCAAAUUUAUGUCACUGUGAAACUUAUACAUCAUAUUACCAAGAUAUUAUUUUGUUUGUAGUUCAACCCUAAAUUUCGUAUUUCAUGAUCCCCCCUUCUUUGGGGCUAAGUUGAGGCACAGCACAAUGGAUGGAAGUAUUACGUGAUUACUGCAGCCUGAUGCAACUCAACACGGGCUCAGGCAUAAUGCGACGUGAUGAUAUAGUCUCGGCAUGGGUCCCUCCACCCACCGCUGGUGUGUAUCGAGAUUAUUUCUGUAGUUGUAUUGACAUUAGUUGCGUUCAAUGCUUUGGCCAUUAUUACUUCUGAUUGUAUGUCAUUCUGCAUUAAGAGGCGCAAAGGGUUAAGCAAGUAAUUGAUUGUCAUUUGCAUUUUACAGAAACUUGGGAGUGAUCCAUUUCAGAUUGUUUUCGUUUCCUCUGUCAUAUUUGUCGUGAGUUGUAAAUUAUUCUGACUGUAGUGGGUACAAGUGGAGCUCAGUGAGCAGUGACAGACUGAAUCAGUGAUGGCCAUCUUUUAUUUGCCUUGUGUUACUAAUAUAACGUAGUGUACAGUGCCAAUUGUGUGAAGUUGUAACGCACAGUGGCAUAAUAAAGUUGACUAUCUUUCCUUACCAUGAAGUUUGAAUAAUAUCCAUCAUUGAUGAAAACAGCUUUAUAGAUAUCCGUGCAACAAUUAAAAUACUUUUUCGUCUUGUA